AUGGGUACCUCUGAUUUUGCUGAAAUUGUAUCUCUUGAUGCUCAAGAGACGUGCCACUGGAUACAAGAAGAAGGUGUAGAGAAAGAAGCUAAAUGGCUGAUGUUUUCUUGUGGAAGGAUAAGAAGCUAUCAGGAGCAUUGCAGCAGCUCAUCUCAAGAGAAACAAAUCCCCUCCAAAGUCAAGGAUGGUGUCAGCGAGUCUCAAUUCAACCAAGUCUUGAACAUUGAACUGGAUCAAAUCAUUGAGACUAACCAGGCAGUGAGAAUGUCAGCUACUUUCUAUAUUACAGGAUGGCUAGCAAUCUAUUUCUCUGAGGGAGCUUGGUCACUUGACAUAGGAAGGUUUUUAACUGGAUAUAUAUCGAAUUGGAGUUUUCUCUUAUGUGAUAUUCAUAACAUUUAG